UGAAUUUUCUCUGACGUGCACAAAUGUUUGUGUCCCUUUGCAAAAAAGAAACCAACGAACUAAAUGUAGUUGACAGUCGGUUAUCUCUAACAAAUAGGGAAAUUUGUCAUGCAAUUUUAGAAUGAGGAAGUUAUUUCUAUGCAUUUAGGAAGUGGUUAAAUCUGAAAGAUCUAAUAUAAAGAAAGUUUCCAAAGUUGUCUGUUUCCUGGUCAUUCAUAAGAGUUGCUACAUGUAAGACAGUCAUUGGAGGAAAUAAUGAUUAUGGUCACUAUUAGGUGAACAACAACUAAAGACAAACACAGAAACUGAAUCAAAAUGGCUAACAACACCACGGCAGCGCCCGUGAUCUCCCCAGGAUGUGCAACCUUGGAUGUGAAUAACUACACGUGCUCGUCUGCACUCCUCUUGCCCAUCAUCAACGAGUACACGUGGGCCCCUGGAACAAGAGCCUUUCUGUAUUUGCUUACUAUGGUAUGGUGCUUCCUUGGAGUUGCCCUUAUUGCUGAUGUGUUCAUGUGUGCCAUUGAAAAGAUUACAUCCAAAACAGCGAAAGUCCGGAUUCCCGACCAGAAUGAGCCGGACGGUUUUAGGAUGAUUGAGGUCAAAGUUUGGAACGAUACUGUUGCGAAUCUAAGUCUACUGGCUCUUGGAACCAGCGCACCUGAAAUUCUGCUGUCGGUCAUUGAAAUUAUUGGGAGGGGCUUCGAAUCCGGAGAGUUGGGUCCAGGGACAAUUGUUGGAUCAGCGGCUUUUAAUCUUUUGGUGAUAUCCGCAAUAUGCAUAUUUUCGAUUCCAGAUGGGGAAAUUCGAAAAAUAUCCAAUAUGAGAGUGUUCGGUUUAACAACCUUCAGCUGUAUCUGGGCGUACGUCUGGUUGUCUCUGGUCAUUCUUGUAAUUUCGCCAGGCGUGGUGGACCUUGCUGAAUCUAUUAUUACCUUUUUGAUGUUCCCUGCUCUCAUAAUCGGGGCAUACCUGAUUGACAAGAGGCCAUGCAUGAAGAAAGAAGAAGUAGUGGAAAAUGGAAUGGUUGGAAUUUCUCUGGAGGGUUAUGCAAAUGAGCCGUUGAAUACAGGCGAUACCUCAAGUGUUACCAUCAUCCCUAAAGAGGAAAAACCAGAAACCCCCGUUGACCACGACCAAUCGCACAAAAACUUGCUGAAACUAGCCAAGGAAUUGGGACAUGAAUCCUUGGAUCAAGGAAUACCUCCCGAGGAAGCCGCUAAGAUUGUUGCAGCAAAACUGUCGGAAAAAGAGCACCACAGCAGGAUGUGGUACCGAAUCAACGCCACGAGAAACAUGUCUGGUGGAAAGAAACUCACGCCACAAGUUUUCUCAGCAUUCAAAGACCUGUAUGACCACACCAAGUUGCCAGAAGAUGAAAAAGCAGACAGCAAAAUGGCUCUUACUACAAAGGACCAUACAGCAGGUGGAACCAAAGCUGUGGUGGAGUUCACUGCCGCCACAUUGUCCGUUCUAGAGAAUGAAAAGAAGGUCCGCAUCGGGAUAAGAAGAUACGGCAAAAUGGACACCCCUGCUACAGUCCGAGUUGAAACAAUAAACGGCACAGCUACGGCACCCGAAGACUACAUUCACUUGGAGGAAGAUGUACACUUCGCCGUCAACGAGCAACUGCGCCAGCUGUACGUGGAAAUAAUUGACGACAACGAAUGGGAGCCUGACGAGUUCUUCUUCGUCAAACUCUCACUUCCUGAAAAAGAGGAGAAUGAGGACAUAGUUCUAGGAAAUAUCUCAAUUACGCAAGUCACAAUCAUCAAUGAUGACGAGCCGGGAAAAUUGGAGUUUGCUAAACCUAGCAUCAUUGCAAAGGAAAGCAGCAGACGUGUGCGAAUUCCAGUCAACCGUAUUAAUGGCGCCGAUGGUCACGUGUCAGUUGCGUGGAAAACAAAAGAUAUCACUGCAAUUAGUGGAAAAGACUACCAGGGAGGAGAGGGAGUGCUGAAGUUUGACCACGGAGAGACUUGCCGUACCAUCGACAUUGAGAUAUUUGAUAGCAUGAAACCAGAGAGAGACGAAAGUUUCCAAGUCGACCUCGGAGAAUGUGAUGGUGGAGCAGAGCUUGGAAAAAUCAAGAAAACGAUAAUCACAAUAGUCAACGAUGAAGAAUUCAACGGUUUGGUGAGUAGGAUUGUGAACCUGACCAAAGCUAACAUGGACGCUCUACAGCUGGAAGAUUCCACUUGGGUCACCCAGAUGAAAAACGCUAUGAACGUCAACGGAGGGGAUAUAGAGAACGCCACUUUCAUCGACUAUUUGUUACACUUUCUCACCUUCUUUUGGAAGAUCCUCUUUGCGUUAGUUCCGCCUCCAAAGUACCUAGGGGGAUGGCCUGCGUUUUUCCUCUCCCUGGCAGUGAUUGGUCUUAUGACCGCCAUCAUUGGAGAUCUCGCUACUCUGUUCGGAUGUCUUGUCAAUCUGGACGACAGUAUUACUGCCAUUACUCUCGUUGCCUUGGGAACCAGUAUGCCGGAUACGUUUGCCAGUAAACAGGCUGCAGUCGGCGAGAAGACGGCAGACAGCUCAAUAGGGAAUAUAAACGGAAGUAACUCUGUAAACGUCUUCCUAGGUCUGGGCCUGCCCUGGCUCAUGGCGUCCAUCUACCACAUGACACAGGGCACAGUGUUUACAGUCCCGCCAGGAUCCCUCGGAUUUUCCGUCAUCAUUUACACCGGAUGCGCAAUAGCCGCCAUUAUUCUCUUGUUACUCAGACGAUUCUUGAAGCCGUUUGGACAGGCCGAACUGGGCGGACCCAAAGGACCCAAGAUUCUGAGUGCAAUCAUUUUGGUGUCUCUUUGGGUGUUCUAUGUUCUAUUGUCCGCUUUAAAUUCAAAGAAAAUUAUCAAUGUCCAAAUUGGAGGCUAAUUAUAUUUUUCAAAUUUAGGAAAUAUUUUGAAAAUAAGAAGAAAGAAAAGAUUACCAACAAAAUAUUAAAAUGUUUAUGGGUACUUAAACUAUGGUUUAUAUCUUUUUUUCAAGUUGAAUGGCAUUUAGGCAUUGUUAUUUUAUAUCUAUGAACAUUGGGAUGUUAGUACAUUUUGAAUCAGGAAUAACAUUUUAUUAGAAUUACAAAGCAACGAACUCUACAUGAAAACCUUAUAUUCGUAUUUGGUAUAAAUGGUCGUUGUGGCAAAAAAAUGGAACUUGAUUUACUGCUUGCCGUUAUGUUAUAGAUUCAUUCUUUCCAUAUUACAUGUACCUGUACAUUUGUAAAUCUUUGGUAUAGUACUUACUUAAAAAACAUUUUGUUUCAAAUGCAAAUACCGCUUGAUACAUGACUCUUAAUAUGUUAACUGUUUAAAUCCCUUUUUAUACACUUUUAUUACUUUUAUACGAUUUAUUUUUCUUAUUAAGGGUUUUUGAAUAUAAAACGUCUUCAGUAAUUUACAAUGUGUACCGUUUUAGUUUGAUGCUUUGUUUUGGAAACAGGCAUCCAUGUAAUAUGUUGGAGUAACUCUCCAUGUACUAAAUAUAUAAUAUUAUGGUUGUGUGCAAGUUAUUGUAAAUAUGUAUUAACUCUCUACAAUUUAUUUUUAUAAAUGAUUCUAGGUUAGAGCUAUCUUUAUUUCUGUAUAUUACAGUCAAAUUAAAUUAUCAUCUUAUAUAUAUAAA